AUGUUUCGGCAGAUCGGUAUACAGUAUCCAGAUAGGAAAUUUCAACGCAUCGUAUGGAGGGAGAAUUCGAAUCAACCCCUGAAGCUGUUUGAACUUCAGACUGUAACGUAUGGACUGACGUCAUCGCAGUUUCUUGCUACUAUGACACUCAAACAGUUGGCUUCUGAACACGCUGAAGAUUAUCCACUCGCAGCAGCUGCAGUCGAAAGGUGCUUCUACAUUGAUGACGCCCUGGCCGGAGCACAAACAUUAAACGAAGCCUGUCAGUUACAACAAGAAAUUGUGGAACUAUUGCGGUAUGGCUGUUUUGAAGCACAUAAAUGGUGUUCCAAUUCAGAUCUUAUUAUCAAAAAUGUACCAGAUGAACUUAAAGGAGAUGAAGUGGAUGUUUCUAACAUCGAUGAAAAGACAAUUGUGAAGACGUUAGGAGUAGCUUGGAACCCAAAGGAAGAUUGUUUUUCGUUUUGCGUACCAUCUUAUAAUGCUGUUCUACAACAACCUAUUACGCUUCGAAGCAUUCUGAAUGAGGUGGCACGAAUCUAUGAUCCGUUAGAAUUAAUCGGCCCGGUCUUAACAACUGCUAAGUUGUUCCUUCGUGAAAUCGCAGCUAUUACAACUGAUUGGGAUGCUCCUUUACCUGAAUUAAUUGAAAAACGUUGGAAAUCAUUCCGCGAAAACUUGUUGAAAUUAAAUGAUUUGAAAAUUCCACGUUGGAUCCUUUCUACCGCGGCUAUCAGAAUUGAUCUUCAUGGGUUUGCCGAUUCAUCGAACCAGGCAUAA